AUCAGCUGUGACGCGUUCACACUCAAUUCACACAUUUCUAGAUUGAUAUAUUAAAAUAAAUUAUAUUGAUUUAAAAGUUCUAAAAACUCUUUAAAAUGGCAGCAGAAACAGCAGCAAUAAAUCCAGCAGAGCGUUUAAAGUUAGGACCACGAGAGGGCGUGACAUACCCUUUGGUGGUGCAAUAUUGUGGCAACUGCACAAUGCCACUCGAAUACUGUGAAUACUAUCCCGAAUUCGAAAAAUGCCGUGCUUGGCUUGAAAAACAUCUACCAAGCGAAUUUGAACAAAUGAAAAUUAAAGAUGAAGCGUCCGGUGCUGAUGGUACAGAUGAUGACAAGAAACGACAAAAACGCGGAGGUAAGGGUAUGAUGAAGAUUAAAAAAAAGGAGGAGGUACCCAAGAAGAUUACAGUUUCGAGAGCUCCGCGUGGCAAGAAGAAGUCAGUAACUGUCGUGACCGGUUUAAAUACUUUCGACAUUGACCUAAAAGUUGCUGCAAAGUUUUUUGGCACAAAAUUCGCAUGCGGCUCAUCUGUUACUGGUGAGGAUGAAAUUGUUAUUCAAGGAGAUGUAAAGGACGAUCUCUUCGAUGUAAUACCUGAGAAGUGGCCCGAGAUUGAUGAAGAUUAUAUUGAUGACUUAGGCGACCAAAAACGAUAAGUUAUAAUGUUUUGGCUGCGUUUUUUUGCAUUUCUAGUAACAAAUAAUACUUAUGUCAUCUUUGUAUAAAACAA